CUUCUCUUUCUUGCCUACAACAGAAUGAAGAAGAUGAGCAACAUUUAUGAGUCAGCUGCCAACACGCUGGGACUCUUUAACAGCCCCUGCCUGACCAAAGUUGAGCUCCGUGUGGCCUGCAAAGGCAUCUCCGACAGAGAUGCCCUUUCCAAACCAGACCCCUGUGUCAUCCUCAAGAUGCAGUCCCACGGGCAAUGGUUUGAGGUUGACCGGACAGAAGUGAUCCGCACCUGCAUAAACCCAGUGUACUCCAAGCUGUUUACUGUGGACUUCUACUUCGAAGAGGUGCAGCGCCUGCGGUUUGAAGUCCAUGACAUUAGCAGUAACCACAAUGGGCUGAAGGAGGCCGACUUCCUUGGUGGCAUGGAGUGCACACUUGGACAGAUCGUCUCCCAGAGAAAGCUGUCCAAAUCCUUGCUGAAGCACGGGAACACAGCAGGAAAAGCCUCCAUCACGGUGAUUGCUGAAGAAUUGUCUGGCAAUGAUGACUACGUUGAGCUUGCAUUCAAUGCACGGAAAUUGGAUGACAAGGAUUUCUUCAGCAAAUCUGACCCAUUUCUGGAAAUUUUUCGCAUGAAUGAUGAUGCGACUCAGCAGCUGGUGCACCGAACUGAGGUGGUAAUGAACAACUUAAGCCCAGCCUGGAAGUCGUUCAAAGUGUCAGUAAACUCGCUGUGCAGUGGAGAUCCAGACCGCCGGCUGAAGUGCAUAGUAUGGGACUGGGACUCCAACGGCAAGCAUGACUUCAUUGGAGAGUUCACCUCAACGUUCAAGGAAAUGAGAGGAGCAAUGGAAGGGAAACAGGUGCAGUGGGAGUGCAUCAACCCCAAGUACAAAGCCAAAAAGAAGAACUACAAGAACUCAGGCAUUGUGAUUCUGAAUCAGUGCAAGAUCCACAAGAUGCACUCUUUCUUGGAUUACAUCAUGGGUGGCUGCCAAAUCCAGUUUACAGUAGCUAUAGAUUUUACUGCCUCAAAUGGGGACCCCAGGAACAGCUGUUCCCUGCACUACAUCCACCCUUACCAACCCAAUGAGUACCUGAAGGCUCUGGUGGCUGUUGGGGAGAUUUGCCAAGACUAUGACAGUGAUAAAAUGUUUCCAGCAUUUGGGUUUGGUGCCAGGAUACCCCCAGAAUACACGGUGUCACAUGACUUUGCAAUCAACUUUAAUGAAGACAACCCGGAAUGUGCAGGAAUUCAAGGAGUCGUGGAAGCCUACCAGAGCUGUCUUCCUAAGCUGCAGCUCUAUGGCCCCACCAAUAUUGCCCCCAUCAUUCAGAAGGUUGCAAAGUCAGCGUCGGAGGAGACCAACACCAAGGAGGCAUCGCAAUACUUCAUCCUGCUGAUCCUGACCGACGGUGUCAUCACGGACAUGGCAGAUACCCGAGAGGCCAUCGUGCACGCCUCCCACCUGCCCAUGUCGGUCAUCAUCGUGGGAGUGGGCAAUGCUGACUUCAGUGACAUGCAGAUGCUGGACGGUGACGACGGGAUCCUGAGGUCACCCAAGGGAGAGCCUGUGCUCCGAGACAUCGUCCAGUUCGUGCCCUUCAGGAACUUCAAACACGCCUCCCCAGCUGCCCUGGCCAAGAGUGUGUUGGCGGAAGUCCCAAACCAAGUCGUGGACUAUUACAACGGCAAAGGGAUUAAGCCAAAAUGUUCAUCAGAAAUGUACGACUCUUCCAGGACACUAGCACCGUGAGCUUUGUACACUUUUACAGAGUUCCAAAAUAUUCCUCCUGCUAAUAUUUAAUACUUCUACUACUCCUGUACUUUAAAAAAAAAUUACACAUUUAAAAAUAGCACGUUUUGGUGAUUUUUAACCUUUUUUUUUUUUUGCAUGUGUAGCCCCAACACCUGGAUCUAUUAAGCCCUUGCAUUGUUAAAGACUUUUUACAAAGACCAACAGGUAAUAACUUACUCUUUACAUUACAGCAUGUCGCCUUGAAAUAAAAUGGUAUCUGUAUCUGUUUUUUAUACAGGUUUGUUGAAAUUUUGCUAAAUUUCUUAUUAUCUUUACACUGUAAAGCAUUUUGAAAUAUUUAUUGAACGUUGAUAGCCAAAACAUACCUGGGUUUAUCUGCUACAGGCUCAGAGACUUUUCAAAAAGGCACAUGCAUGGACUGUAUUUUGCAUGUUUCAAGUAACUUUAAAAUCGAACACCACACUGUUUCUGCAGGUGUUGCCUUCGCUCUUCCCUGGUGAAAAUGGUCUCUGAGCUAAAGAGGAUGCAUAGUAGUCUGUCUGGAGGGGGCUUCAGACACCCAGUCCCUCUUGGCUUUCCCGAUACAUGCGUCUCAUCUGAGAGUUGUUGAAAUUCUGAUUUUGAUAGAAUCUAUCUGAGUGGGGCCUGAGAUGCCUCAUCCCUUAAUAAGGCCCCCAAAUGAUGCUAAUGCAGUCCUUGGACUGCACUGAGAGUAGUGAGGUUCUCCAUGCCAGGUGUCAGAAGAGAGACCAUUUGAAACAGGGCAGCUCCUAGCCUGUUUGAGAAUGGCACCUUUCCCCUGCCCGUAGCAUUAAGAUCCUGCCUGGUUCAGAGGUGGGAAUAGAAAGUAAUGAGACUGACUCCUGAAUUUGCAGCAUUCAAGUCAGUCUCACUGCUUUGGAGCCACACCUCUGCCCUAGACAAGACUAGGGAACACUGCUCUCUGGCCUGCUCUGCCCUCUUAAGAGAGGCACACAUAGCACUGCAUGGAUGGUUUCACCUUUAUGCCAGACCCCAAGCAUCUUCAUUGAGCCACAAUUAUGAGAACUUAUCCAUGGCAAAUGGCCAUGUCAUGUGGCUCUCUGAACACCAGGUCCAGCAACUGCGAGCUCCAUCUUGGGUUUUCACCUUUGCCUCUUUGUGUCACUCCCGAGAGCAAACUCUGUACGCAGAAAUGCCUGGAUUUGUUGUUUUGGAUCGAACCAUUUUGUUUCAGUAUAAGCUGGCCAGUCUUGAAUCAAAAGGAUGACAGACUGACUCACUUAAUUUAUAAGUCACGGGAAUAAACAAGUGUUUUGCAGGUAUAAGAGGUGCAGAAUGGAAAGUAUUUUUCGUCACAGAUAUGGGGAGGUGAACCACAAGACAAAAUGAAUCUGUUGUUCAUUUCAGGGGGAGCAGUAUUAAUAAGCAAAUCAAAUGCCUUGUAUGAUUUCCAGAGUUAUAAUUAUAGAUCCUAAUCUUGCAAAUACAUGUCAGCAAAAUGCAAAGCAUUUUGGUAAUGAUGACAAAAAAAAAUGUUUGAAAAAUCACAAAUAUUUAAAUUGUAUUGUUUUAUGAAUAAAUUGGGCAC